AUGGCCAUGGCACACAAUGGCACACCUCUCUCCCAGAGCUCGAACCCAUUAGGCCCCGUCUGGUCGUCGUUUGACAGCAUGGACGACGACGCCAAAUCUCUAGCGGACGACCUCAUCGACCUUCUCGGCCGCGUCAACAAGACCCACCAAAUCGUCGACGCAGACACCAAGGCCGAGGCCGUGACGCGCUUCGAUGAGGCCGAGCGCGCCCGCGUCCAGAGCCACAACCUCGGCUGGGUCGUCUACUGGGCUCGCGGCCGCCUGCUCCGCUGGACGGCCCACUCCCGCCCCCCUAAGCUUGGUUACGGGGCGGGUGGUGGUUCUAGCAUGGUUGUGGGGGGUGAUGGGAUUGUGCUCGAGCAGGCGCUGCGCGAGGACCACGGCGUGCUGUGGACGCUGCGGGGCUGCAGGGAUGUGUUGGAUGACUUGAGGAAGCUUGCUGAAGAGGUUGACGCCGUUGUGGCUAGCCGGGAUUGCUGUGGCGAGAUGCGGAUUUGA